CCUGGGCGUGGGACGCGCAUGCGCAGUGGGCAGCUCAGGCAGUGACAGGGCCGGGGCUAUGGCAGAGCCCUCGGAAAUGCCUUCUGUCGACGGCGGUGGUCCUGAGGGAGGAGGAGAAAGAAGGAGAAGGGCCGGUGCUGCUUCUUCUUCUCCUUCCUCCUCCUCCGUUCCUGCUGCCGCCUCGGAAGCCCUCAGUGCCGCAGAGUAUUCCCGGCGCGUCCACCAAUGGCUGUGGGACUCCUACUGCGGUUACCUGAGCUGGCAGACCAGCGGCCUGGCUGCCCUCAUGGCCGGAGCCGUGACGACGACGACGACGGCGGCGGGCGCGGCCUCCUCCACAUCUCCGAACCCGGGCGCGUGCUGUUACUACGGCAACGUCCCCACCUGCUACUACCUCCUCGCGACCGCCGCUCCAGAGGGCAGGCCCGCCCCCGUUGCCGGGCAACCGCCGCCCCCAGCCGCUAGGCACGCGCCCCCGGCUCCGCGCGCCGGCCCCGCCCCCAGCAGCGUCUCCAGGGAAACCACCCGGCCCGCAGGUCGUGAAUAUAUUAUUCCAUCCUUGGCUCAUAGGUUUAUAGCAGAGAUGGUGGAUUUCUUUAUUCUGUUCUUUAUCAAGGCAACUAUAGUUCUGAGUAUUAUGCAUCUCAGUGGAAUAAAGGACAUUUCUAAGUUUGCCAUGCACUACAUUAUAGAAGAAAUCGAUGAAGACACGUCCAUGGAAGACUUGCAGAAAAUGAUGGUAGUGGCCCUUGUCUACAGACUGCUAGUCUGCUUCUAUGAGAUUAUAUGUAUUUGGGGAGCAGGCGGAGCAACUCCUGGGAAAUUUUUGCUCGGUCUUCGAGUUGUAACAUGUGAUACAUCUGUACUUAUUGCACCAAGUCGCGUGUUAGUGAUUCCAUCUUCCAAUGUCAGCAUGACAACGUCUACAAUACGAGCUUUGAUCAAGAAUUUUUCGAUUGCUUCCUUUUUUCCUGCAUUCAUUACCCUACUGUUUUUCCAACACAACCGAACAGCCUAUGACAUUGUUGCAGGAACAAUUGUGGUAAAGAGACCCAGUGUCAGAUGAUAGCCAAGGGCUCAUUUCUAUUGUUUCAACAUGCUGAUGGUAAUUCCUUGGAUUUCUAAAAUUCACUCCGGAACAGUAGCAGAGAAGAUGCGGAACAUAUUUCUUUCCUUCCAGCAAUGCUAUCCAUUGGUGAAAAGUGGAACUGGUUUGAGAAUAUUUUGAACUGCACAAGAAAACAAGCUACCUUCAGAAGACUUGCUUUACAAUUACACUGUCUGUGGAGUGUGAGAAAUGCCAGCUUGGAUUCUGUACCAAAAGGUAGCUGUUAUUUUUAUGAAGAUCCAAAAUUUUCUAAUUGCUGGAGCGGUAACCAAAGGGAUUAAUAAUAGUGUUCUCUACAAAGAAUUGUGUUCUCCUAUUUUGAUGACAGUGAAGGAUUUGCCACUUUAUAAAAGCCUUAUCAGGAACUGCUUACACAAGCAUUGUGUUAUUACAAUACUCAAAUUUCUCUAUAAACAGUGUGUUAAAUGUCUUGCAUGAUGUGGAUAUCUUGAACGUAAUACAGAUCAUUGACUAUGUCAGAUAUUAUCAAGGAAAACAAGAAAUACUGCUACUGGCGAAAAUGUAAAUAUUGGUGGCUCUGGUAAUAAUGCUAUAGACAAGAAACUUAAAUGGCUUUCAAUGGUUGAUGAAUUGUUUGGUAUUCCACCUUGUUGGCUUGCAUAGGCUUUCACAGAGAGAAUAUAUCAAGAUUAUUUGCUUUCUUGUAAAAGCACAAAAAACAUAAAAUGUGUGUGUGAAAAAUAGUUCCAUUAUGUAUUUAAUAAGAGAUAAAACAAGCUUGAUAAAAAGUGUUUAUACAUUGCAUUUUACACCACUUUAUAACAAAAUAAGUUUUUUUAAAAAAAAAAUCAGCCCAAUUUCAUUGCUGUGUAACAAUACUGGGAAUUUGUGCAAGAUGUUUGGUAUACUUUCACUUCAUCUGGUUGUGCCGAGGUAUUGAAAUGACACCAGUUAGAUAAAGCACAUUUUACAUUUUUUUUUAUUUUUACAUAUGCAAUAAUACAAAUUAAGUCAUUAUUGUGUUUUAGGCUUGACAGUGGCUGUUUGAGCCUUCUGAUUUGCUUCUGGUCAACCAAUUAGGAGGUAAUGUACUCUAAGGAGCUGGGUUGCUUUGUAAAAGUUUUAAUGCUUUUUUUGAAAAGGCUGAAUACCAUACUAAACAUUCAAGAUUCAGUUCUGUGACAUUACUAUGUAAGACAAUGCAGACCUGAUCUGUUGGUUUGUUUUAGAAAGUAAACUAAGCUGGCUGAAAUUCACAUAAACCAAGCACACACUCCUCCAGUUGGAAGAUGGAGUAUACAGUUCCAUUCUGGCAGAACUAUGCCACGUCUUGCCCUCCUAUCCCGUGCAAGACUCACCAUCUUUUUGGAGGAUUGUGCUUUCAUUUUACUUAUGGCUACAGGGACGGGGCCAGGUGGCUCUCUGUUGCUCCCUGCUAAUCACCAGCCACUAAAUGGCCAAAGAAAGAGGGCACCGCAGUAAAAAUGUGAGUCUUGGAGAGAGAGUUAUGUGUGGGAGUGAAUUUCUCCUACAGUGACAAAAAAAGACAUUGGUUUGAGUUGGCCUUAAUACUUGUGUUACUAACAAGAUGCCAGCCAUUGCUGUACUCAGGCUGUAGUCUUACCGCUUCAUCACACUAGAGAAUGAAUUCACUUUAAAUCCGGUUUCUGCCUCAUGCAGAAUUCUGGGGUUUGUAGUUUAGGGACAAGCCUUUAACAGCCUCACUAAACUACAAACCCCAGAAUUCUGCAAAGGCAGAAAUCAGAUUUAAAGUGGAUUCAUUCUCUAGUGUGAUGCUUUCCUUAAACAUCUGAAGACAGAGCAAACAGAUAGUGAUGACCUUCCAGUUGCUUCAUAGAAUAUACCAGCAGUAUUCUUCCAAUUAGACAAAUGAUUUAAGGGGCAAAACCGAGUAAGCGGCAGUUGACUAGGAAGAAGCAAAGUAAUUUAUAUUCCUCCCUUGGCUAGUAAUGUGUUCCAAGUAAAUUUGGGUUCCUGGAAGGGAUCCUGCGGGAUUAAGUAUCUCAUGCUUGGUCUAAAAUAAACCUUUAAAUGAAUAAAAUGUGUAUACUUUGAUUGCCACCAAACUCUUAUGCAAGAAAGUGGAAGUUGAGGCAAGUUAGUGUUUUGGCAGCAAAAUGCAGGGUUGUUUCUACAUUUUUCAGCAGUGGUCAUAAAUGCAUCUUGAGGAAAAAUGAAUUACAGGAAGAACUAAUUGAGGUGUAAGGGAUUACCAUUUUUUAUGGUUCAGGUGUUACCAAUAUAAUAAUUACAACUUAACAGCACUUUCAGAGGUAACUGCUAAGGAAUGAGAUAGAGCUUUUUGAGCCCAAAGUACUAUGCAGACAUAGAGAAAUCUCAAUAUUGCAUUCUUUACUGCUUUGGCUUCACUUUCUGGUGGAGUUAGGUAAUUCUGCUUUAUUAACGGACUGGAUUGUUAACUUCUGAUGAGAAACAGUGGCAUUUUUUAUGCUCAAAAGAAGUAACAACUGAGGCAGAAAUAUGGAGUUGUGCUUAAAACGCAGCAUGGUCUGUCUAUCACAUGACCUGGAUAUACUAACCAAUAGACAGGUGGUAGGAAAUAUUAAGUUAGCCCAUGGAAGAGGUGCCAUUAGAUAAUAAUAAUAAUGAUGAUGAUGAUGAUAAUCUUUAUUAAUAUCCUGCCACCAUCUCCCCGAAGGGACUUGGGGUGGCUUACAAAGCACUCCAAGGUGCACAUACAACAUACAAUUGGUGAAAACAGUACAAAAAUAUAAAAGUCACAUAAAAUUAGUUACACAACUCCAGUCUUUUACGCCUGUGCUUUCCUCUGCCCAGUGUUACUGAGACUUAGGCAUAAUUUGCACACUGUUUUCAAUGGCAGUUGAUGUGAGGAAAUUCUGCACCAUUAUUGUCAGUAUUUUAUGGGUGAGGUAUUCACUUGUAGAAUAACAAGAAUAGAAACUGCUUUGGUCACUCGACAUUUUAAUACUGAUGAACUCUAUGUUAAGUACAUCACUAGAUGCAAAGAGAUGAAUUAAACUAGCCCAUUAUCUGCAUGAUUACUUUCAUCUGCCAUGUAAAUAAACUAAUUUGUAAAAA